AUGACAAAUGAAGAACACAAUUGGUAUCGCCAGCAGCAGUUACUUUUAGAUGCUGAAGAUCAUCGAAGGACGUUAUUAGCUGAAGAAGAAAAUAAGCUACGUGAACAACGUAAAAGAUUAAGUGCAUUAAUUCGCGAAGUGAAAUUACAUGAAUUAAGCAUAGCUGAAGAAUCUCGUUGUCAUUUUAGACAACUGGAUAUUCGACGUCGCCAAUGUGAAUUAAACAAGCUAGAGCAAGAAUUAACUCGAUUGACUAAUUGCCGUAUCGAUGAAAUAGAUGCAGCUGCUUACGCUACAGAAUUAGCUGACUUACGUGAAAAACUACACAAGAGGCGUGCAGAAACUUUAGCUAUCAUAAAUGAACAGCUACAAUCACGUGACAGAAAUCAACCACCAAACAAAGAAUGUCUUUUUUUAACAAGCUCUCCAGAUAUCAAUGAUUUAAUUACAGAUGAUAGAUAUCUUGAGAGAAAUGUUAAUAAAAUUUAUUCAGACAGUCCUGACUAUGUGAACACACCAAUUGAUUCUGAUGUGGUAAAGUCAAACCUAAAACGUAACAGUUCGUAUAAUAAGCUCAACGCAAUGACAAUGUUCCCCUUUACUUCGACCAAACUCGGACCACAAACUGUCAAUUAACUCCACUAUGAAAUCUAUUCUCAUGUUACUUACUUUUGGAAAUUGUCGUGAAUGAUCAAGAAACAUUUAUCUCUGUUCCAGUCAUUUCCAAACUUCGCUAUAGUCGAGAUAGCAUUAAUAACUAAUAUUCUUGUUUCAAGUGUGUUAAUAUUUUCACACCAUAUUUACAUAACGAUGUGUUCAUCAGUAACUCAAAUUGUUCGACGUUUCUCUAUCCUCUUAAAAAUGUAUAAAUAUAAAUAGCUUUUUAACUGAA